AUGGCUGUGGGUUCACACCCGCUCAUCAGGGACUUUCAUUUCUCUGCUCACUGUGAAUUCAUGGGGCCAUACCGAGUGUACGAAAAACCAAGCCGUACUGCCAAGAUCAUGUCUUAUGUGCCGCAGCCCAUAAAAGUUUUCGGAUCAAUUGCAAUGGGCGCGGCAUUGACGGUAUUUUUAGCGCCAGCCCUGGUCAUUAUAUUUGCUCCACCAUUGAUUAUGGGCUGGAUUUAUUAUAGACGUCGUCUGAACCAACUCAAAAGGGCCCUGAACGAUCAGCGCUGGGCAGAUAUGUCGUCGUAUAAUUUGACAUUUGAAGAUGCCAGUGCUGGUGGAUCGCCUAUAGAUUCGAUUCCUUAUCCGGCCAAGUCCCGCAUUUACAAUGCUAUUCAACACAAUGAACAGAACUUGGCAAGUUCGAUAGGCGUGCCCCCAGACUCAAUCAAGUAUACUGGAGUUGAGUCGCUUUACCAGGAUUUCAAGACUUCGAACAGUGGACUCACGGAAACAAUUCAAAUCCAGCAGUUUGGCAUUCUGAGCCCCAAUGGCCGAAGGCUAGGAACUGUCUCCUUGGUCGUCCUGGGUGAUCCGGCAGCCAGAAGCAAGAAAAUGAGAAUUGAGAUCAACCCCGCGCGAGGAAAGACGGUCGUUCUCACUGACAUUGACAACGAUGAUGACAGUAAUGUGAUUAUUGAUGUGAAGAAACACUAG